UUCCUGUGAGAGAGAGCGAGAUGAAUAGCGGUGAGACGAGUUGGUGCAACUUCGCGGGUUAACAGAAAACUACCAGCAAGCCGGGGAUUUUUCACACGGAUGGUCACCCCGUCCCCCGGCUUAUCUUCCUGAGCGCUGGGUAAUUAACGUGUCAGGAAUGACUCUGCAAACGUGAACGCUGUGGACGAUGUCCUCGACUCUCCAAAAUGUGGCCUCAGUUCCCGAUGAUGCCACCAACCUAAGACACGUUUUCAUGACUUUCUGCCUCCGAGCUGCCCUGCUACUUGUCGGACGUUCCCAGCAGACAUGGCCGCCUUCCGCAGGCUCUUCAGGAGGCGAAUGCACCCCUGGAAGCUGGCGCUCGUGGCCCUCGUUUUCGUCACCUUCUUGUUCCUGAUCCAGCGCGAAGUGGGGAGCCAGGGCCUGAAGGAGGAGCCCUGGCUGAAGGGGAUUGUGGGAAAGCGGGACACCAUGCUGGACCUGAUGAUGGGCGCAGUGAACAACUUCCGGGACGCCAUGCCCAAAAUGCAGAUCCGGGCGCCCGUGCGCCAGCCGGAGAGCGGCGAGGGCGCCUCCUGCCUGCCGGGGUACUACACUGCGGCUGAGCUGAAGCCGGCGCUGGAGAGACCGCCCCAGAACCCCAGCUCCCCGGGGGCGUCCGGGAAGCCCUUCCACGCGGACAACCUGAGCCCCUCCGAGCAGAAGGAGAAGGAGAAGGGGGAGGAGAAGCACUGUUUCAACGUCUACGCCAGCGACCGCAUCUCCCUGAGCCGGGACCUGGGGCCCGACACCAGACCGCCAGAAUGCAUCGAGCAGACAUUCAAACGAUGUCCGCCUCUCCUGACCACCAGCGUGAUCAUCGUCUUUCACAACGAGGCCUGGAGCACUCUGCUGAGGACGGUGUACAGCGUGCUGCACACCUCCCCGGCCAUCUUCCUGAAGGAGAUCAUCCUGGUGGACGACGCCAGCGCGGACGAGGCUCUGAAGGACGAGCUGGAUAACUACCUGAAGCAGCUGCACAUCGUGCGGGUGGAGAGGCAGAGGGAGAGGAAGGGGCUGAUCACUGCCCGCCUGCUGGGUGCCUCGGUGGCCACCGGGGACGUCCUCACCUUCCUGGACGCUCACUGUGAAUGCUUCCAGGGGUGGCUGGAGCCCUUACUGGCCAGGAUAGCAGAGAACUACACAGCAGUGGUGAGUCCAGACAUCACCACCAUCGACCUCAACACCUUCGAGUUCAUGAAGCCCUCCCCCUACGGGCAGAACCACAACCGGGGCAACUUUGACUGGGGCCUGUCCUUCGGCUGGGAGAGUCUCCCUGACCACGAGAAACACAGGAGAAAAGACGAGACCUAUCCCAUCAGGACACCAACGUUUGCUGGGGGCCUGUUUUCGAUCUCGAAGGAAUACUUCUAUCACAUCGGGAGCUAUGACGAGGAGAUGGAGAUCUGGGGUGGAGAGAAUAUUGAAAUGUCUUUCCGGGUGUGGCAGUGUGGGGGACAGCUGGAGAUCAUCCCCUGCUCCAUCGUGGGGCACGUCUUCCGCACCAAGAGCCCCCACACCUUCCCCAAGGGCACGCAGGUGAUCGCCCGCAACCAGGUGCGUCUGGCCGAGGUCUGGAUGGACGAGUACAAGGAGAUCUUCUACCGGAGGAACCAGCAGGCCGCUCAGAUGGCCAGAGAGAAGUCCUUCGGAGACGUGUCCAAGCGCGAGGACCUGCGUCAGCGUCUGCAGUGUAAGAGCUUCUCCUGGUACCUGAAGAACAUCUACCCCGAGGUCUUCAUGCCUGACCUCAACCCGAUACACUUUGGCUCGGUGAAGAAUUUGGGCAGAGACUCCUGUCUGGAUGCCGGGGAGAACAACGAGGGAGGAAAGCAGCUGAUUAUGUACCCCUGCCAUGGGCUCGGGGGAAACCAGUAUUUCGAGUACUCCACACACCACGAGAUCAGACACAACAUCCAGAAGGAGCUUUGUCUGCAUGGUACGGAGGGAGCCGUGAAGCUGGAGGACUGCCAGUAUAAAGGACGCAACACUUUUGUUGGAGCCGAGCAGAAGUGGGAGUUGAGGGAGGUAAUGCUCGAGCGCACGCUCCAAGGCGGCAACGCUCUGUCCCUUUAUCCGCUCGGAAGGCGUCCGUGUUACCUCAGUCCGCCGGCAUCCGGAUGGAUGUGCAAGCAUGCCGUUGCUGGUUACUGACUACCACUGUAGACACAUGACCAACACAGUUAUUGAAAUGCAAUUUCAAUAGAGAAA